AAGAUGAUUUGUUUGUGUAUGUGUGGUUUAAGGUGUGAAACAGUAUUGGCAGCUUCACUACAAGUUUCAUAUGGUAACAGUGGUUGAAUAAAUGUGGUAUUUUUGUCGAAGAGUUUUUCUAAGAGUUUGAGCUCGACAACGAGAAUGGCACCAACACCAUCAACUGAAGACAAAGUAACAGAUAUUAGUGAAAUAAUUGGUAUCUACGGAACGUGGCAACGAAGAUUCUUUAUCUGGGUGUUACUUGGAGGAAUAUUAUCAUGUUGGCUCAGUCUAGUAACACCAUUCUUAGCUCCAGAGAUAGACUUCUGGUGCCAGAGACCCCAAACAGUACUUGACAACAUGUCUGUUGAAGAGUGGAAAGUUUUAGCAAUACCUACACAAAUCAAUCUCUUAACUGAAGAGAAGGAAUACAGUAAGUGUACAAUGUAUGAGACGAAGAUAAAUGGAACGAAUGAGAAGGACGUCUUUAUCAACGUAAAUAAGACCGUAGCAUGUGAGAAGUUUGAGUUUGACCAUUCUAUUUAUAGCUCUACAUUGCUAGAAGAGUGGAAUUUGGUUUGUGAGGACAACUGGCUAAUCUCUCUCAGUCAGUCGGCAUACAUGGCGGGAUUUUUGGUGGCUGUAUUAGUAUUGGGACAAGCAUCGGACAGGUUAGGCCGUCUACCAGUGAUGUUGCUGUGUUUCGCCUUUAUGAUUAUAGCAGGACUUUUAGGAGUUUUCGCCCCAACAUUCACAGUGUUUAUCAUUGCUCGGUUUUUUAUAGGACUUGGGAAUUCUGGACUUUUUACGACAGCGUUUAUCUAUGUAAUGGAAUCUGUUGGGCCUAAUCAUCGGAUCUGGUUAGGAGUUGGUGGUUCGUUUGGAUUCUCCUUUGGCUGUAUAAUUCUACCUUGGAUAGCAUGGCUGAUUCGAGAUUGGUUUCUAAUUCAACUGGCGAUCACUCUGCCUACAAUAGCUCUAGGAUACAUUUGGUGGUGGAUUCCCGAAUCACCACGAUGGCUUAUUUCUCAGGGAAAAAUGGAGAAAGCCGAAGAAGUCACUCGGAAAAUCAUGAAGAUUAAUCGGAAAGAAUGCGCAGACGUUCAAGCAGCCUUGCAAAACAUUAGGAAAAUCUCACAAAUGGAAGACAAAGGCGAUGAAAAACUACAUGUAAAUGUGUUUGAUCUUCUAAGAAAACCUAGUUUGAGAAAAAUCACCCUGUACCUUUUCUUCAUAUGGAUCGUGACAGCGUUUGUGUUUUAUGGAAUUACUCUGAAUACUAAUGAACUCAGUGGAGACCCAUUUAUAAACUUCUUUAUCUCUGGUGUAGUUGAGAUUCCGGCCUGUAUAAUGGCUAUGUUUUCUCUCAGAUAUUACGGCCGUAAAACACCACUUUUGAGUUCUUUAGUGAGUGGAGGUGUGGUCUGCUUUUUAGCCAUCAUUGUCCCAGCUGACAUCCAAUGGUUGAAAACCACGUUUCUAAUGCUUGGAAAGCUGUCCAUCACGGGAACCUUCGCCAUCAUCUACGUAUAUACGGCUGAAAUCUUCCCUACGGUAGUGAGGAAUGUUGGAUUAGGUUGUUGUUCUACAGUGGCCAGAAUAGGCUCCAUUACCUCUCCUUUUGUUAAGGAACUGAGUAGAGCGACUCAUCCUAAUGUUCCGUUUGGAUUAUACGGAACCGUCUUAGUAAUAAGUGGUCUUCUGGUCUUGCUGCUUCCAGAAACCCACAAGCGCACUCUGAUGGACACUCUAGAACAAGGAGAACAUUUCCACCGCCCUAUAAGCCAAAACAAGGGACAGGAACAGAGACAUGUAAGCACUGGCGGUUUUCCCUUUCUCGAAGAGUUGACUUCCGAAACAAAACUGAAAAUUCUGAACUCACCUCCGUACUCCCAGCACCAGGUAGCAUAACAAAUUAUCAGCUUAACAGAUAACCACACCGAGAAUGAUAACUCCGAAUCCGAUUUGAACCCUGGUAAAUACCCGAGUUCUCCUCGAUCUUUUAGAAGCUUCCACCCCUGCACAGCCAGCCGCCAAGGAAAAACCACCAUGUUACCGGCUCUCAAAGACACGGAACAGCCUCAACCCAACAAUCAACCAAAUACCAGAAAUACCAGCUUCGUUUGAGGGGCUUCGACUCCUUCAUAGUAACUGACGAGAAUUCUCCACCGUACUCCAGGAGUAGGCUUCCAGACUCCAUCUCGUGCAGCCAGUCCUCCAGUUUA